AUGGCCAGGCUUGUCCUUGUCGCCGUACUGGUGGUGCUCGGUUCCGUGGCCUGCCAAGCAUCCGGCUACGGCUACACCUAUCCCAACCCCACUCCCAUCAUAACCGGUACUCCGCAGCCGAGCCCUUCCCCACCUCCACCGGCUACUCCCCCGCCCAGCCCUACCCCUACACCGGAAUAUCCCACCCCGACUUCCAGCGCGCCGGCAACGCCCCCAUCAGUUUCUCCUCCGACCAGCUCUACCCCGCCACCACCGUCUACCCUUCCCCCGAGCCCUACUGCUACCCCGGUCUAUCCCACCCCCACUCCCACCACUCCCGCGCCCCCACCGGCUUCUACUCCUGCCCCGCCUCCACCUGCCACCGGGCUCGAGGUCGGCUACUACGAUGACAAGUGCCCUGACGCGGAGAACAUCGUGUUGGAUGCCGUGCACAACACCACCGCCGGCGUGAAGGCCGGGCUCAUCCGCCUCUUCUUCCACGACUGCUUUGUCCGGGGUUGCGAUGCCUCUGUCCUGCUGAACAAGAUCGCUGGCAAGCCGGAGCCCGAGAAGCUCGGUAUCCCGAACCUGAGCCUGCGUGGCUUCGAAGUGAUAGACGCGGCAAAGAAGAAGCUCGAGGAAAAAUGUCCCGGUGUCGUCUCGUGCGCCGACAUCGUCGCCUUCGCAGGCCGUGACGCUAGCAAGUUACUCAGCACCUACAAAAUAAACUUCAACAUGCCAGCCGGCCGCUACGAUGGGUUCGUGUCCCUCAAAGACGAGACCCUCGCCAACCUGCCUCCACCCUUCGCCAACCUCGACACACUCACACAAAUGUUCGCCAACAAGACACUCAGCCAAACCGACAUGGUCGUGCUCUCGGGCGCGCACAGCAUCGGCCGCUCGCACUGCUCCUCCUUCAGCAACCGUCUCCAGCCGUCGGCCAACGACAACUCCAACACGUCGAUGGAUGCCACGUUCGCUGGGAAGCUGACCCAGGACUGCACCGCCGGUAGUGAUCCCAUGGUGCCGCAGGACUACAAGACCGUCGACGUGUUGGACAGCCAGUACUACAGGAACGUGAUCGAUCGCAAAGUGCUCUUCACCUCUGACGCGGCGCUCAUGACGUCGCUGCAGACGAAGAGCUUGGUGCAGGAGUACACUAAAUGGCUCAUCGGAGAUCUCAAGUGGUACAAACAUUUCGGGGAUGCAAUGGUGAAGAUGGGAAAUAUCGAAGUGAAGGACAGCACCAAAGGUGAGAUCAGAAAGAUGUGCGGGCUCGUCAAUUAACCCUACACCGGUUCAUGGUCUCUUGAUGGCAGAGGGUGUUCAGUUCAUGCUUUUUUCAAUGUGCCUUCCGGUCUUCUUUUCUCCUUUAUUUCAAACUAAAUUUUUUGCUCGUUGAUUCAUUUCAUUUAUUUGUGUUGUAAUCCUUAUUGUGCCACUGUACUCAAUUACCGGCAAUACUUUAUACUGAGAUUGAUGAAUCAAUUUCGGUUUAUUGUUAUUUUGUAUUGGGAAUAUACUUUAUAUUAAGAGCAUCUCUGAUAGAUGUCCUAUCCUA